AUGAGGGUGCAGUUUGCUCGCCUGCUAAUGGACAUCGGCUUUCUAAGGCAGCCCAGCAAGCCUCCAGGCGCUACUGGAGUCCCCGCGAGCAGGGGUUUUAAUUGGCUGGAUGAGUCCACCCAGCCUUGGAACCAAUGCUCUAUGAGUGCUCCUGCUGUGAAGGCUGUUCUUUGUGCAGGUCUCUACCCCAACGUUGCAAUGAUGGCACGUGACUCUAUUGAAGCCGCGCACUGUUCACACGCGUCAGACCUCGCACACGUGGCCGGGGCGUCCGGGCGGCCGCGGUGGGUCACUGCAACAGGGGCUGAGGUGGCCAUUCACCCUUCUUCGGUCAACGAAGCUGUCUCGGUCUUCCGUGCUCCCUUCCUCGUCUUUCAUGAAAAGGUCAAGACAUCUCGAGUGUACAUUCGCGACUGCACCGUUGUGUCUCCAGCAGCCAUCCUUCUUUUUGGCGGACCAAUCACAAUCCACCAUCAGAGAGGGCGAGUGUCAGUGGAUGGUUGGUUGGACCUUGUGGCUCCGGCUCAGACAGCUGUUCUUUUCAAGGCGAUUCGAGGGUCAUUCGACACUAUACUUCGCCGACAUAUCCUUCAGUCGCAGAAUGUUGAAGAUGCAGAUGAUUCAAGCCAAGUGAUAUCUACUGUUGUCAAAAUUCUUGCAGAUGCUGAAUACUUGCAAGGAUAG